AAGAACAAAGCAGCAAUUUGAUUGCGUUUCCCCGGUCCCAGAUAUUCAUCUCCCUCAGAUUGAUCUGACACUUUAGGUGACUUGCUUUCACAUUGACUCUUUUAUGCUAAAAAUGGAACAGAAUUCCUUUUCUUCGGCCACAUUGUUUCGACUGAGCAACUAUCAUGUCGAUCCGACCAAUCAUGGCUGAUGCAACAGGCUCUAUUGAACCCGAGCACGAGCACUCUCCGACACCUUCUUCAGCAGACAAGAUGCAGCGCUUUUCCCACGUUUUUUUACGUGGUGGUGGGUCCAGAGCCGCUCAAGCCGGUGCAGGUCUGCGUCCAUUCCUGUCCCUCAAGGAUGUACGAUCACUUCUUAGGACCAAGCCGAUCGUGUGGUUUGGAGAGUACCAUUCAGAAGAAAGGAUCUGCACCUUACUCGAAGAUGUGGUGAAGCAGAUGCUUCAUCCUGCAGCUCAGAUGAGCGGUGCGGAUGUUCCUAAGCAUGAUGGAGCUUGUCCUGCUCAUCAACCACAGAGAAACAUGAAGAAAGACAAAGUGGUGAUCAUCAUGGAACAUUUCUCCUACGAUAUGGACCCACUCUUAAACGAGUACAUGACCAUCGCCGAACCAUUGCUGUCCUUCGAAGAGUUUACGCGCAAAUACAAAGAAGACUACGGGACCGAAGGUCAUGAUUUGGUACCUUACAGGGGCUUUUUGGAGCUGUGUCGUGCUAACAGUGACAAAGUGGAGCUAAGAGGCGGAUUUGUUCCGCGUGCAAAGGCAGCUGCAUAUACGAAAUUGCAGACUGCGCAAAAAAAAGCGGCGUUUUUAGAUCAGCUAUCUGCUGAGGGGUAUAUACCUCCGAAGGAGAUGUUGGAUAGUGUCGAUCGAAGUACAAGUGGUAACACAGAAGUCCGGGCUGACGACUUUCGACAAUAUCUCACUGUUUCAGCCGCAGAAACAUCUGCUGAGAACGAGGAGCCUCCACCAAGCAAAAAACAAAACCCUGAAGUUCUCGGACAUGAAGAUCAUGAUAGAGCAAUUCUCUACGGGAGUGUUUCGUAUUUACGGCUGUUUGAAUCCUUGAUGAGUGGACGUGACCUUUACGACACUGCUGAUCCAGCUGAUACAAGUGCCGCUUUCGUGCAAAAGGUCUUGGCCAGUGCUACGUCAUCCGCAGCGUUUUGUUCUAUGUUUGGAGCCCAAUUGAUCAAGGAUUGGUCGAUGGCGUAUAAAGUUUGGCUCGCUUACGAGGAACAGCAGAAGGAUAAGGACGAGGGUACUAAGGGAAGUACGAAAAUCUUGGUCGUAGCAGGCAAAGCGCACAUGCAUCACUACACUGGCGCACCAGAGUGUUUUGAGGUACUUCGACGUUUUUCGGCUGCUCGUUCCGACCCAGAACAGUGUAUGAUCCUGACAGACAUGAUGUACGAACAUGACUUGGAUGAGAAGGAGGAAAAGACGAAUUUGGCUUUGAUCCAAGAAAGGGUUUUGGAAUCUGCGAAGGCGAAAAUGCUGCUCGAAGGGGAUAGCACGGAGGCAGAGUCACCAAGCUCGAAGAAGUUCUCUCAUCCCUAUGCUGAUAUCUUGUUCGUCUAUGACGAGGAUGACGAACAUGAACUCGAGAUGCCGCUAGAAGAAGCUAUGCAAAGGAACAAGGUGCUGUCGAACGGUAACGGGUCAUGUCCUUAUAGGGGAGCAGGUGAGGGAAAUUCAGAACUUCAAAAUACAGCUAGUGGAUGUGGUCCGGUACAUCUUAAUAAACAUAAUCUAGAUCCACCUAGUUGUACAUCGAGUGCCGAAGCUGUGAAGAAAGAGACUCAAGAGGCGUACGAUGCAGUGGGAAGCACAGCUUUCAAAAAGGGAAAUGCCGAAAAAGCUAGGCUGUGGCUCAGCGCACUUGGUUACACAGAAGAAGAACAACGCUUCGGAAUAGGCGAGGAAAACAUCUUCAACUUCCAAGGCGUCGGAAAUCCGUUCACGCAUGCGAAGAUAUCGCAAGGUGAAAGAGUUCUGGAUCUUGGUUGCGGUCUUGGUGUGGACACGUUUUUGGCUGCAUACCAGGUUGGGGAGAAAGGUGCGGUGGUAGCUUUGGAUUUUGCUAAGAAGGAGAUUGCGCAUGCGCAACAGAAGUUCGAAAGGUUACGGGAACGUGAGGCAGCUCAGAUGGAGACAGAAGAAGUUAUGGUUGGGGUAACUCAAUAAAAGCAAUGUAUUAGCUCACCAGGGGUCGCUUACAUUUUGGAUGCAACGAAUAGAGGGCUCGUAUUGAGUUGUUUAUGCUGGUAGGCUAGUCAGAGAGUAAGUCGUCAUUGCAAUAUGCAUGAAAAAAUACUCUAUACAAAAGGCCAAAUCGAGUGUUCAUUGAUUGCAUCUCUAAAGGCAUCAGUACAAGAAAGCGGGCAGACGUAGGUUUUAUACACGGAGACAUCGAACAGCUACCUUUUUCGAGUACCACCACCAACCAACCCGCUUCACCUUCAACCAAGGAGCUCACACCCGAAUCCUUCGAUGUCGUUAUUUCGAAUGGUGCCUUUUGCCUCGUCCCCGACAAGGAAAAGGCCUUCCUCAACGUUUUCAGAGCUCUCAAACCCGGUGGACGCAUGUCGAUAUGCACUACUACCAUUAGAGGACGAUCCACGAGAUCUAACUCAGCCACGACACGUGUUGAGAAUCCAUCGGCAACCAACAUGAAUAGUUCUGGAGAUGCUUCUUCCCUACCACCAGAACACGAAUGGCCUGUUUGCAUGCGCAUGUUCGCCAAAAUGGACAGUCUGCAACCUAUACUUGAAAAAACCGGUUUCCACAACGUUUCGGUGAUAGAGCAGAGCGUGAAUGAAGAGCUCUUCGCGGAGUUCGAGGAAAAAUUAGACGUAGACGAACAGGAGUCUGGAGGAACCAGUACUACUACUACGAGUAGUACACAACAUUAAGGCUACCGCUGGAGCAUCCUCAACACCAUCCUUAGCCCUUUUUUCAAGGCGAAAAAGGGCCGAGGGAGGCUCUCAGGGAUGCACGUCGGUACCUCUAACAACAAGGGCAACACCAGGGAGGACGAUUUAAGAUCCAUGGGAACUACGUGGACAGGCCAGAAUAUAGGUUCUUGGAAAAUUUGGAUGUGGAUGCUUUUUGUGCAACCGUGGUGAUAUACGGGGAGAAACCUCUUGCUCGGGGAUCGUGAAAGAUUACACACAAGAUACUAGAUCAUGGGGUUCUUCGAAUGUUUGAUGAAAGGGACUACCUUUUUUACACUGUAUAAAAAUUGCUGGUAUGGACAGGAAAUAACAGAGGACAUAGUAGAUCAACAGAGGAAAGAGGUUCUUGAUGUCGAGACCGAUUUGGAUGCGAGCGAUCUGAUCAAUAAGGUGACUUCAGAUGUCAUCUUAAUGUGCAGUAAAUGAAGAAGAAGUCUAACGAUUUUUUUCAGUAGCUCAU